GAUGGUAGAUCCAAACACCCGCGGGUGAUGCGAACGUAGCCAAAACCCCGCACAGUUGGAUCACAAAACAUAAACCCUUCUCCCUUUCUCCCCUUCUCCAGAAGAGUCUACCAAAGCAAAUCACUCAGCUUUCUGCUUCUGCUUCUGCUUCUAGUCGCUCCACCAUGAGAAGGGCUUCAACUCUUGCCUCAUUCAACGUCCUCUCCCGAUCCCUCGCCACCGUUCACGGCGGCGCCGCUGCCACGUCAGCCUCCCCCAGCCACGGUCUUCUCCAGGUGGCUCUCUACGGUACCUCCAGCACCACCGGUUCUCAUGUUCGUCGUCGGUGGUUCGAUUCAUUUUCCGGCGGUCCAGCUGGCAAGCUGGCUAUUGGCGUAGCUGGAACUCUGGCUUCGGUCGCUGUUGCCUCGUCACUCACUCAGGAGGUCUAUGCCAAAGAGCCGCCUCCGGCUGAGCUUGUUCCAAAGGACGUCGUGCUAUACCAGUAUGAAGCCUGCCCUUUCUGCAACAAAGUUAAAGCAUUCUUGGACUACCACGAUAUACCCUACAAAAUUGUGGAGGUCAACCCACUUAGUAAGAAAGAGAUCAAAUGGUCUGAUUAUAAGAAGGUUCCUAUAUUGAUGGUGGAUGGGGAACAGCUGGUUGACUCAUCAGCUAUAAUUGAUAAGUUGAAUGACAAAAUUGUUCCUGAGAGAGUAGCCGCCCCUUCCUCAAAUGAUGAAGAGAAAAAGUGGCGCCAGUGGGUUGAUAAUCACUUGGUGCAUAUGUUAUCACCAAACAUAUACCGAAAUACAUCUGAGGCCCUUGAAUCCUUUGACUAUAUAACAAGCAAUGGUAAUUUUAGCUACACAGAAAAAUUUACAGUGAAGUAUGCUGGUGCUGCGGCUAUGUACUUUGUGUCAAAGAAACUGAAGAAGAAAUAUAAUAUUACGGAUGAACGUGCAUCCCUGUAUGAAGCAGCAGAAACAUGGGUUAAUGCUCUUGAUGGGCGGGACUUUCUUGGGGGCUCCAAACCUAAUAUGGCCGACCUUGCUGUUUUUGGGGUGCUAAGGCCAAUUCGUUAUUUGAGGUCUGGUAAAGAUAUGGUGGAGCACACACGCAUAGGCGAAUGGUACUCAAGAAUGGAGCGUGCUGUUGGAGAGUCUGCAAGGAUUAAAGCCUAAAUUGGAUAUCCUAUGGAGUUUGUAGCUGGAUUAUAUACUUCAAUUUUGAGCUUGCCCUUUCUAUAAGCAAACUACAUCAAAUACGAAGAAGAAAGAGUUUUUCAGGAGACACUCGCAGUCAUAAAUGAAUUGAAAACAGGCAACAUUUUGCUAUUAUUUGGUUAUCUGGAAAACUGAAAUUGUUUAUUGUUACAUUAGAUACGAUUGUUUAGAAGUACAAGGAAUAAGGUAAUCACAGUGUGGAAUUUUUAACCGGGGGGGUGCGUCCGUUGUGGUGACUUUUGUCCAAUCAAUACUAAUGUCUACUCAUUUUAGAUUGAA